AUGAAGGUCACUGGCAUCAUAUCUGCCCUUGUUUUCGUCCCGCUUGCGUUGGCACAGGCCGCAGACCCGUCGUCUGCCCCAGUUUCAACCACUCCUGGACCGACCACCGCAUCCAGCUCAGCCUAUACCACACAAUCGAGUACCAAGUCCGGUUCUGCUCCCAGCACCAGCCCUACUGCUACCGGCUCGGUGGGGACCGACAUUUCGCAAGACUCGCUCACCGAAAGCUACUCCUCGGACUCUGCAAACCCGUUCAUUCCGGCCAGUAUCAGCACAACAUGCUCUGACUUCCUUACCCGCCUAAACUCGGAUGCCACUAUAUCCAAAUGUUUGGGAUCACUCACCACCGUACUCUCCGACUUUACUUCUGGCCCUGGUUCAGCCAGUGCGGUGCCCAAGGCCCUUGACGCCUUUUGUACUUCCAACUCGUGUGUCGAUUCGAAAAUACGCCCCAAACUGACCGAGUUCAAGGAUGCUUGCUCGGACGAACUCAUCGGGGCUAAUCCCAAUGACUUGGUGAUCAAGCAAUACGACAUCUGGUACUCCCUUAUUCCCUUCAAGUCAAGCAUCUGCGUCAAGGGCUCCUCCGAGUACUGCUUGCUGAACAUCUACGCUGGCACGGGCAGCUCUGGCACUCAGAGCACCGUAGCCGUCGAUCCGACCUAUCGUAUGCCGCCGGCCAUCUCGCGAGCACCGUCGGCAAGCGAGAUUCUUUCCGUGUACAGCGCCUUUGGAACAGCCGUGCCCAUGCUCUCGGAGCAGCCCAGAGCCCGCUUCUUGGCGGCCAGGCUGAACUUUGGCCGCGUUGGGGAGAAAUGUCCCGCCGGCUUUGCAGAGGAGAUUACCAAGAUGGCAGGCAUUGAUAUCACUGGAGAAACCGGUGGUGCUGCCACCAUGGCUGCCAGUUACUUCACCACCAUGGCUGCCGCUUUCGCUGCCGCAAUCGCUCUAUUCUAG